GUUCGUUUCCAGGAGCGAAUCACCAUCCUGCGAGGGAACCACGAGUCGCGGCAGAUCACGCAGGUCUACGGCUUCUACGACGAGUGCCUGAGGAAGUACGGCAACGCCAACGUCUGGAAGUACUUCACAGACCUGUUCGACUACCUGCCGCUCACCGCGCUGGUUGACGGACAGAUCUUCUGUCUCCACGGAGGUUUGUCUCCCUCCAUAGACACUCUGGAUCACAUACGAGCUCUGGACCGCCUGCAAGAAGUCCCACAUGAGGGCCCGAUGUGUGACCUGCUGUGGUCGGAUCCUGAUGAUCGCGGCGGGUGGGGCAUCUCCCCCCGAGGUGCCGGCUACACCUUCGGACAGGACAUCUCUGAAACCUUCAACCACGCCAACGGCCUCACCUUGGUGUCCCGCGCCCAUCAGCUGGUCAUGGAGGGCUACAACUGGGGCCAUGAUAAGAAUGUGGUGACCAUCUUUAGUGCUCCAAACUACUGCUACCGCUGUGGAAACCAGGCAGCCAUCAUGGAACUGGACGACACUCUCAAAUACUCUUUCCUUCAGUUUGACCCCGCCCCCCGCCGCGGCGAGCCCCAUGUGACCAGACGCACUCCUGACUACUUCCUGUGAAUGUCCAAAGCCAUCCCCCGUCAAUCAUCCACCAAGCUCCACCUCCUACCCCUCCCCCUCUUCCACCCGCCCCCUCGUUUUGGAUGGAAAGAAGAUAUUAAUAAUAAUAAAACUGUACCAGGGAGAAUAGAAACAAACGAUUGGCUGAUUUUUAACAAAAAGAGAGAAACUUAAAAGAGCGGCCCCCUCUACAGUUUUGUUUCCAAUACGCUGUCAUUGAUGCUGUGCUUCUGAGGAAAUACAACACGUACAACUUUGAUCUGUCCUUUUUAUUAUUUUUUUUUUGUUUAUUACAUGUUUGAAAACCAGAUAAUAAAACUACCAACGUGGACCAAAUGUGCCAUAUUCUGAUCCUUUUACAACAUGUACAACGCGCGCAACGUUUAUUUCUUUUGUUUUUCUGUUCUUUUUGUUUUGUUUUGUUAGACCAGCACUAUAACCCUACCUACCUGACGACGUCACCGUCACCACCACCACCACCACCACACAUCUCAUGGCAUAUGUGCUUUUUUUCUGUUGCAAGAUGAUUUUAAAAAAUAAGAACGAGAGAGGAGAGAAUUAAAGACAAAAGUUUGCUUCAAGUAGUACAGCUGUCAGUUUUAGCUGUCCAGGCUGCAGCCGGUGGUCAUCUCAGCAAGUAUAUUACUGUAAUUUGAAUAAAGACAACAGACGUAUGAAAUAAAAAUGUCCUAUUGACAAACUA